AUGGCGGACGCCGGUGCCCUGGCUCUGCACUCCUUCAGCUUAGCCCAGAUAAGCUCAUCGACGUGGGACAAGCGAGGCUGCAUCUCUGGGCCCUCCACGUCGCUCACCUCUGACUGGACUCAAAUGUGUGACGGACCUAUCACGGACACACACUCCACACUCAGCCGCCUGUCAUCGGACUUAGACCCGGGGAAUGUCAAUUGUUACAAGACUUCCACUCGGGACAACGCGAGAGACGGCGACAGUGCGUGCGUAAAAGUGCCCAAACCAGACUGUGCCAGUGCCAUUACGCGCGCGGGUCUCUCCAUGGAUUUCCACAAACUUUGCACUUUUGAGUUUUUUGCGAAAGUCUCUCCGCAGUAUGGAUACGGAGCGGACUUUGAGGAGAUGGUGCAGAAGGAGUUCAGCAGGAGCAAAGGAGUCACGUACCUGGAUCACGCCGCGGCCACACUGUUCCCAGAGUCUGCACUGACAAACUACUGCAGAGACAUCAGCUCCAGUCUGUACGGUAAUCCUCACAGCCGCAGUCUCAGCAGCAGACUGGCACAUGACACCGUGGAGAGGGUCAGAGGCAGGAUCCUGCAGCAUUUCGACGCCGACCCUGACGAAUACUCCGUCAUCUUCACGUCAGGAUGCACCGCCGCUCUCAAACUCGUGGCCGAGUCUUUCCCCUGGACUCGAGGCAGCGUCUUCAGCCAUCUCACCGACAGCCACACCUCCGUCGUGGGCAUCCGUGGCCUCACCGCCGGCCUGGGGGUCACGACUCUCCCCGUAUCUCCUGAAAACCUCCAAAACAAAGACAAUACAAGCGACACAAGCAAUGACACGGGAGAUCUCUCAUGCCAGACCCCACAUCUGUUCUGCUAUCCGGCUCAGAGCAACUUCAGCGGGAAGAAGUACCCCCUAAGCUACGUUAGCGACAUCCAAACACGAGCUAUGUACCCAGCUAGCGCGUAUAAAGGAAGGUGGUUUGUGCUCCUAGACGCAGCCUCCCAUGCUUGCUCCUCGCCUCUGAAUUUAAAGCAAUGCCAGGCCGAUUUCAUCCCCAUAUCCUUCUACAAGAUUUUGGGGUUCCCCACGGGUCUGGGGGCACUGCUGGUUCGCAGAGGCGCCGCGGCAGUGUUGAGGAAGAGUUAUUUUGGGGGCGGCACGGCGGCGGCGUACCUCUCCGGAGAAAAUUAUUAUGUGCCGGUGAAGAGCACGUCUGACAGAUUUGAAGAUGGCACAGUCUCGUUCCUGGACAUCGUCGCCUUGAGUCACGGCUUCGACACUUUCUACAAACUCACAGGUGGUAUGCAGUCUGUCCAGCAGCACACGUUUGGCCUGGCACGGUUCACUUACCUGGUCCUGUCCAGCCUCCGCCACAGCAGCGGGGCAGCCGUGGCCCGGGUCUACGCUCAAGACCAGUUCCGCGCUCCCGGCUCCCAGGGGCCGAUCCUCAACUUCAACCUGUUGGACUCACACGGGGAGGUCAUCGGAUAUGCACAGGUGGAGCGUAUGGCCUCUCUCUUCAACAUCCACGUUCGCACCGGCUGCUUCUGUAACACUGGGGCCUGUCAGGACGCUCUGGGCAUCAGCAACGAAGACGUCAAGGCCAACCUGCAGGCCGGUCACGUCUGUGGGGACGACGUGGAUCUGGUCCUGGGACGUCCCACCGGCUCCGUCCGUGUGUCUUUCGGCUACAUGUCCACGUUCGAAGACUGCCGGAGCUUCCUGCGUUUCGUCACGGAGUGUUUUGUGGAGGGGGAGGCGACCGUGGACAGAGAGCGAAUAGAAGAGCUCACCAAAACCAGCCUCCGACCAAUCGCAGGCCACGACGGGGAGAUCCAGGAAGUGAGGAGAGAGGAGGACAGAAGGAGGAGAGAGGGAGCAAAGGAGAGGAGAUCAGAACAGGCCGGAGAAGCCACAGAGGAGGAGUGUUCUCUCACCAACAUCUACGUUUAUCCGGUCAAGUCCUGCGCCUCCUUUGAGUGCAUCCAGUCAGUGCACCCAGGCAGGAACCCAGCAGCGCACCCUGGCCAGUCACCCAGGCAGCGCUACCAUCAGACGCACCCAUCAGAGCUGCGCAAAAUACCCAUGCAGCCACCCAGGGCUGCGCACACAGUCAUGCACCCAGUCAUGCUCCAUGCAGUGCUUCCCAGCUUGCACCCACAGUGCAUCCAGUCAUUGCACCCCCAUCAUGGCAACCCAAGUCUUGCACCCAGUCUGUGCACGCCCAGUCAGUGCACCCAGUCAGCUGCAACCAUCAUGCAACCCAUCAGUGCACCCAAUGCUGUUCACCCUUCAGUGCCCCAGCAGUGCACCACUACUUGCACCCUGGCAGUGCACCCCAGGGCAGCACCCAAGGCAGUGCACCCAGGCUUGCACCCAGCAGAGCACCCAGGACCCGAGGGGAAUGAUGGUAUAUGGUGCCUUCAUGAGAUCCAUCCCAUCAGCUCCGGUCUGGAGGCCAUGGCCCUGAAGUCCACAAUUGACCUCACCUGCAACGACUACAUCUCUGUGUUUGAGUUCGACAUCUUCACACGCCUUUUCCAGCCGUGGGGAUCCAUUUUGAGGAACUGGAACUUCUUGGCCGUAACACACCCAGGGUACAUGGCUUUUCUCACCUACGAUGAGGUCAAAGCUCGGCUGCACAAGUACAUCAACAAGCCUGGCAGUUGGAGAUGA